UUGCUCUAAAAAGCUUUUUGUUUCUUCAAUAUUUUAGUCAAAAUAUAUUCCACAACCCUAACUAAAUUUGCUUUGACCGAAAUGUUCCCUGCCAGUAAUAGUAGUACUGGGAACCCUGUUCCUCAGUACACUUCCUCUUCCUUUCAUAGCUCUUCACCCUUUCUUGGCCUCAAUGGAAACCAAAUUCUCCUUCAUCAAUAUUACCAAAAUCAGUUCUCUAGCCACUACCUGGCAAAGAACACGGGAUUCUCAGCAAACAAUAUUAUCAACUGUCCAAAUAACAAUCAAGAUCAUUGUGACAAUUCCUUCAGGUCAUUUCCCAUCAAGAAGAAAAUCAAGAAAAAAGAGAGGUGUAGUAAGAUUUUGACGGCUCAAGGUCCAAGGGAUCGGAGAGUAAGACUCUCCAUUGGUAUUGCUCGAAAGUUCUUUGAUCUUCAAGAAAUGCUAGGUUUUGACAAACCAAGCAAAACAAUGGAUUGGCUAUUCACAAACUCCAAACUAGCCAUUGAGGAGUUGACUAAUUGGUUAACUCUUCGGGAUCAUCAGUCAAAGAUUUCAGGUUCGAUCCCUAACCCCAUCAACUCACUUCGAAGUAGGAGCUUAAACUCAAGUACUACAAUGAACCUGAUUAGGUUAUCUCUGAGGUCGGCCCCCUCUAACCUCGUGAGCCCUGUCCUGCUUUGCCUUAAACUAGAACUCCAAAACCAAGUUACCAAAAUAAGCUCCCCAAGGUCGCACCUAAGAUCCAAAAGAAUGCUUGAGAACUUUUUUUCUUUAAGACACCAUCACCCGCGUUAUAAUGCUUGA